UUGAAGAUGCAAGAAAUGCAAUGUUAAAAUAUCUUAAAAGAAUCGAAAAAGUUGAUGCUUUUGAUACUUUUGAUAAAGGUAUUAAAGCUGCAAAAAAAUAUAAAGAAUUGAAUAAUCAAUGUGCUUAUGAUAUAGUAUUCAUUAGGCUUUAUGAAAAUAAUGAAGAGGAGGUCAUGAAUGCAAUAUCAGACUUAAGAGGAUUAGAAAUGAAUAAUAAUGAUUUAGUAAUAAUCUUUAUAGUAUUUCCAAAUAAUGAAGAGAGUGAAUUAGCAGAGAAAUUAAUUAGAAAAGUUGGAGGAAUAAUUACUAUUCUUUACACUCCAAUUACAUGGAAAAAAUUAAUUAACCUUAUCCUUAAGCGAAACUAUGAAAACAUAAAUUUUGUCUAUUAA